AUGACGUUGAAGUCUCUAAUUAAUUUUGGAAACUUUGGAAAAGCUCCUUGGGAUACAUCUAUCGAACGUUAUCAUAGUGACGAAGGUGGCUAUCAUCACAGAAGCUCUAAAGGAAAAAGUGGAAAUAACGUUGCGCUGAGUGCAUUGACCUUGCUCGCUUUCCUGUUUCUUUUAAACGUUAUGCAGCAAUCUUUGCAGGACAACAAUUCGACGCUCGUCCCGCCAACCACUGCACUGUUAUUACGAGACACCGAAAUGCCAAUCGUUUUGGACAAUGGAGAGGAAAAAGAUACCAAGACAAAGGACAAUUUCGCGGACGAGAUAGCAAAUACAUAUGGUUCAAGAACAACGAUAAAAGGUUACGCAUAAGAUACGAAGAUUGACCAUCUGACAGCCUUUACAUUUUCUAGAUCAUUCUUUUCUCAAAUAUCACAUUUCUCUAUUCGAGAAUAUUUAGUUUUCAUUUCUUGUUAACUUUUUGACAAGUAUAUUAACUAUAUAC